UACAUAACUUGCGGAAGAAUAUUUUCUAAAAUGAUAUUUAUAAUUUGUUCAUUUUUCUUAUUUGGGAACGCACAUUCUUUUGAUGUUAGCGAUUUGUGGAAUCAGAAGAAUUUCCUCAUUUCCUCAUUUACUAAUCUCGAUCAAUUAGAAACAAAUUUAACUAAAGCUGAAUUCAAGACUUCCUACUUAAAAACCUAUAGUAAUAUAUUUCAUGCAAGCACAAACAGAGCUCUUCACAACGCUUACGCAAAUUUAAAUGGAGAAAGAAAAGACCAAUGUUUAGUCAUAUAUGAAAAUUAUGUAAAUUCGAGAAAUUCAUCUUUAGAUCAAGCAAACGAAUGUUAUGAAACUGUUUUCCGAAAAUUCAAUUUCAAGAGUGCUAAUAUGCAGGAUGUUUUUAAUAAUUACAAGUUGUUCCUACAACUUUUAAAUAUCACUGACAAUGAAAUUGAAAGUAGAAUAAAAAGCACUGGAGUCAUAAUUCAUAAUAAAAGCGUUUCUAAUGAAGAUUCUCGAAAAGCAUAUUUAGACACUUCCGACUUUACACUUCAGACAUAUCUUAAAGUAAACAAAAAAUACGAAGUUAUUUAUCGUAAUAGUCGACAGAUGAUUGAACUUGUUGAACAUAUGUCACCAGACUUAAAACAAUGCGAGGAAGCGAUGAGUGAACAAAAAGAAAAAUUAUUUACCCAUGAAGUAGAGACUUGUGCUAAUGUUGUAAUAGCUAGAAAUUAAAUAAUUUUAAUUAAUAUUAAUAAUAGUAAUAAUAAUAAUUAAAUAAAUUUAUUUGCAUAACUA